CUUCAGAGAUACCAAAUCAAUAAGUCGUAUUAUUUUAUUGGCGUGUUUAUUAGCCUAUGGAGGAGAAGUAUUCUUUGUCCCGCCUCUUUCUCAGGCGGUGAGGUUGUCAUCUCACAGUAGCUUCUGGAACCUCAUGGUAGCACGAUGGAGAAAGUAGCAGAGUUGAAAGACAAGGGCAACAAGGCACUGAGUGGAGGGAAGAUCGAGGAGGCCGUGCGCUGUUACACCGAGGCCAUUGCCCUUGAUGCCUCCAACCACGUCCUCUACAGCAACCGCUCCGCCGCUUACGCCAAGAAGGGCGACUACGAGAGCGCCCUGAAGGAUGCCUGCCAGACCAUCCAGAUCAAGCCUGACUGGGGCAAAGGCUAUUCUCGGAAGGCUGCUGCCCUGGAGUUCCUUAAGCGAUUUGAAGAGGCCAAAGUGACCUAUCAAGAAGGACUCAAGCAUGAGCCGUCCAAUCAGCAACUGAAGGAGGGACUCCAGAACAUGGAGGCCCGGUUAGCAGAAAAGAAGAUGAUGAACCCCUUUGCCAUACCCAACCUGAACGAGAAGCUGGAGAGCGACCCCCGCACCCGCGCCCUCCUCGCCGAGCCCGGGUACCGGGAGCUGCUGGAGCAGCUGAAGAGCCGGCCGUCCGACCUGGCCACGAAGCUACAGGAUCCUCGUGUGAUGACCACUCUGUCAGUUCUCCUGGGCUUCGACCUGGCUGGGGCUGAGGAUGAGGAAGAUGAGCCCCCCCCACCCCCGUCCCCGAAAGCCAAAGCCCAGCCGCCCCCUCCCAAAGAGGAGGACCUCCCGGAGAAUAAGAGACAGGCCCUGAAGGAGAAGGAGCUGGGCAACGACGCCUACAAGAAGAAGGACUUUGCCGAGGCGCUGAAACAUUACGAGGCAGCGCUGCAGCACGACCCCACCAACAUGACCUACCUGUCCAACCAAGCAGCUGUGUUUUUUGAGAAGGGCGAGUUUGACAAGUGCAGGGAGCUGUGUGAGAGAGCCAUCGAUCUGGGCCGAGAGAACCGCGAGGACUACCGACAGAUAGCCAAGGCUUACGCUAGGAUUGGAAACUCCUUCUUCAAGCAGGACAAGUACGUAGAGGCCGUACAGUUCUUCCACAAGAGCCUGGCAGAGCACCGGACCCCAGAAGUGCUUAGAAAGUGCCAGCAGGCUGAGAAGAUCGUGAAGGAGCAGGAGAAGCUGGCGUACAUCAACCCGGAAGUGGCCCUGGAAGAGAAGAACAAGGGCAACGAGGCCUUCCAGAAGGGUGAGGGUGACUAUCCCCUUGCAAUGAAACAUUACAGCGAAGCCAUCAAGAGAAAUCCCCACGAUGCCAAAUUGUUCAGCAACCGGGCGGCCUGCUACACCAAGCUGGCCGAGUUCCAGCUGGCUCUCAAGGACUGUGAAGAAUGUAUUCGGCUUGAACCAACCUUCAUUAAGGGCUACACCCGCAAGGCCGCGGCCCUGGAAGCCAUGAAGGACUUCACCAAAGCCAUGGACGUCUACCAGAAGGCCCUGGAGCUCGACUCCAACUCCAAGGAGGCCACAGAAGGCCUGCAGCGCUGCUUGGUGAGCCAAACGAUGGUGCGGAACGACAGCCCGGAGGACGUGAAGCGGAGGGCCAUGUCCGACCCGGAGGUGCAGCAGAUCAUGAGCGACCCGGCCAUGCGCCUCAUCCUGGAGCAGAUGCAGAAGGACCCGCAGGCCCUGAGCGAUCACUUGAAGAACCCGGUGAUCGCCCAGAAGAUCCAGAAGCUCAUCGACGUGGGGCUGAUAGCCAUCCGGUGAUCAGAGCCUGGCCAAGGGAAAGAGCACAAGACGGGAGCAAGACUACCAUUCCCCCACCCCUCUGCCACCGCCCCCCACCCCCACCAUCAGCACCAAAUCAUCUCCAACCUGCACCAGAACCUCAGUUCUCAGAGGCCAGCUGACUGUUGCAGAAGACUUAGAAAUCUUACCCCCCUAAAAUGGUUUCUCAAAAUGCAUGCUUCACUGUCUCCAGUCAGGGGUACAUUUGUUCUGUGAUAUUAAACAAGUGCGAGACAAAUCCUUGAGCCUAACAUUUCAAUUUGUCAAAUACAUCAUCGACUGUGAGAUUAGAUUCGUAUAGAAGUUCUGAGGUGAAUGUAGAGUUCCUGCAGUUCUGCAUCCGCACGGUCAUUACUUUGCUGAAUGAGUUGUUAUGGCAGUUUGCCGCUAAUAAUAUUGUCCUAUUUUCAUCUCUCCCACUUCUAGUCUUCUGCCACCUAUUCUUGCUUUCAGAAAGUAGCUGGCAUGCUAUCAAAGUUAUUUCCUCAUGCUUCUCAUAGUUGGCUGCCUGGAACAGUGAUUGAGCUUGUUAAAAACAAAAGCAAACACAGUAUUAUGUUCAGCAGGUUUAAUUGGCUAACAAAAAAAAACGUGAAACCAUAAGCAUUUUGAGACUCCUUUAUUCCUGAGCCCCUAGUCUGACGCAGGCAACCUGCUCCUACACGAUGCCAUGAUUCUCCCUGACAAGAGUGUCCGAGCACUUAAAAAAAAAUCUGCAGGCCUUUCUUUGAUCUGAAUGUAUUUAUUAGUCCACAGCAGUAUACAUAUACACGAAUCUAUAGCCGAUUUUGUACCAGUUACUCCAGGGUUGGGCGCUACUGGUCGAUGUGGUCGUACAGUAGCUGUUGAGCGUGGCCUGUUAAACCCGAGUCAGAGUGUCAGCAGCAGCGUACCGCCAUUGGAACAAGGCUGCUGUGCUCUGCUGUGACGUGUAGCGCCAUUGUUCUGAUCAUGUCUGAUUGGGCUGUUCCUUUGCAGCUGGGCAGCGAAACUCUUGUUUGAAGGGAUACUGUGAGUGGAGUUGGGUUUUCAAUAAAAAGGCUUAUUUGUUUUCA